UUUGAUGUUUUAAGUGAAGUGGAAAAUAAAAAAAAAACCGGAAAGUAUUUUCUAAUGCAUUUCACUUUUAGUUGCAAGGCAUUGGAUUUGCCUUGCUUAUGAUUUUUAUGGACUUGGGUGCAGUUUAAAUGUAAAAUGACGCAAUGUUUUAAACAAAUAAUAAAUAAUUUAAUAAAUUGAAGAUACUUGUAGUUGUUUAAUAAAAUGAAAAUAAAACGUGUUAAACGUAGUAAUGCUGAUAAAAACUCUGUUUGUUGAGUCCUAAAGAUUUUGUGAGAAAAAUUUUUAUCAAAAUGUCAGAGAAAAAGACGGCCCAGUUUAAACGCACGAAAUCGAAGCGUGGAAAUUGGUUUACCAGAAAAUGUUUCCAUGCCGCCUACUACUAUUUAGACGACCCACCACAUCAUCCCAAUGUACCACAAGUUGAUUGGGAGGUACCUGUUGAAGUUGGUGGUGAAAUGCGAUCUGCAGUUCCAGUGAAUGAAUUUGCCAAGCACGUAGCUUCAUUACAUGCCGAUGGUGACAUUGGAUUCAGUCGUGAAUAUGAGGCCAUACAAAACGAAUGUGUAACUGAUGAUCUCCCAUGUGAACACUCACAGCAUCCUGAAAAUAAACGCAAAAAUCGUUAUCUCAACAUCACUGCAUACGAUCACAGUCGCGUACAUUUGCAUCCCAUACCCGGUCAAAAGAAAAACCUAGAUUACAUUAAUGCCAACUUCAUUGAUGGUUAUCAGAAAUCGCGUGCUUUUAUUGGCACACAAGGUCCUCUACCUGAUACAUUCGACUGCUUCUGGCGCAUGAUUUGGGAGCAACGCGUUGCUAUAAUUGUUAUGAUCACAAAUCUAGUAGAACGUGGAAGACGCAAAUGCGAUAUGUAUUGGCCAAGAGAUGGUGUAGAAACUUAUGGUGUUAUACAGGUGAAGUUAGUAGAGGAGGAAGUUAUGUCUACUUAUACCGUACGGACAUUACAAAUUAAGCAUUUGAAGUUAAAGAAGAAGAAGCAGUCCAAUACCGAAAAAAUUGUUUAUCAAUAUCACUACACAAACUGGCCUGACCACGGUACUCCAGAUCAUCCUUUGCCUGUUUUAAAUUUCGUUAAGAAGUCGUCAGCGGCAAACCCACCAGAUGCCGGUCCAAUCGUUGUACAUUGCAGCGCUGGUGUCGGUCGCACUGGUACCUAUAUAGUGCUCGAUGCUAUGCUGAAGCAGAUACAACAGAAGGGAGUGGUCAACGUUUUCGGUUUUCUGCGCCACAUACGCAUACAACGUAAUUUCUUAGUACAGACUGAGGAACAAUAUAUUUUCUUGCAUGAUGCUCUAGUCGAAGCUAUUGCCUCGGGUGAAACCAAUCUGAGUGCCGAACAAAUUGAAGAACUAAAGAACUGUACUCCUUACUUGGAACAACAAUACAAGAAUAUAAUACAAUUCCAAACAAAGGAUAUACAUAUUGCUUCAGCAAUGAAACAAGUAAAUUCGAUCAAAAAUCGUGGCGCUAUAUUUCCAAUUGAAUUUAGUCGUGUACAUUUGACACCUAAACCGGGUGAGGAUGGUAGUGAUUAUAUUAAUGCAUCCUGGUUGCAUGGAUUCCGACGACUACGCGAUUUCAUUGUUACACAACAUCCUAUGUCGCAUACAGUGAAGGAUUUCUGGCAAAUGGUCUGGGAUCAUAAUGCACAAACUAUUGUGCUACUAUCUUCUUUGGAUGAUAUCAACUUUGCACAAUUCUGGCCAGAUGAGGCAACUCCAAUUGAAAGCGAUUAUUACCGUGUUAAAUUUUUAAAUAAAGCAAACAAAAGAGAUUACGUGAGUCGAGACUUUGUCAUACAAUCGAUACAAGACGAUUAUGAGCUUAACGUUAAAAUGCUACAUUGCCCCAGCUGGCCGGAAAUGUCAAAUCCAAAUAGCAUUUAUGAUUUCAUUGUUGAUGUACAUGAGCGGUGUAACGAUUACCGUAAUGGACCAAUUGUCGUUGUUGAUCGAUAUGGUGGUGCACAAGCAUGUACCUUCUGUGCCAUUUCAUCGCUGUCCAUCGAAAUGGAAUAUUGCAACACGGCUAACAUAUAUCAGUACGCCAAAUUGUAUCAUAACAAACGACCUGGAGUUUGGACAUCCAGCGAAGACUUGCGGCUUAUAUAUAAUAUACUCUCGCAUUUGCCGCGUAAUUUGCAACUACUCAAACGCACUGCAUUACGCACUGAAUUCGAGGAUGUAACAACAGCAACACCGGAUUUAUACAGUAAAAUCUGUAGUAAUGGUAAUGUCACACAAAAUAACUGUAUUAGUAAUCUUAGUAGUAGUAUUAGUCAGAGUAAUAAUUUUAAACGAUUUAGUAAUAAUAGUCAGAAUAAUAGUAUUAAUUUAAAUAACUCUACAAUAACACCAACAACAUUACUCACCACAACUACAUCAACUACAAAUUCAACAAUAUCCCAAUUACAAACACCAACAAUAACCACAACCACUCCCACUUUAUCCGUAACAGCCACAAAUAAUUUAAAUUCUAAUGUUAAUUUUACUAACUUAACUACUAACGCUGCCUCAACGAAUGAAUCAACGACGCCAACUUCUAAUACCACAUCAACAAUAACGACAACAACAACACAUCCCAAUGAUGACGAUGAACUCUGUGCAACAAUAAUUCCCAAUCAACAACAAAUUUUAAAUUUAAUAAAUCAACAAAAUCAACUACAACAACAAUAUGUACAACGCUAUAUGGACGAUGAUGAUAUCGAUGAUGACAAUGAUAUUGACAAUGGGAACAACGACGAUGGAACUACUGCACCACUAUCACCAACACAUGCAACAUUGUACGGUUUACAUAUUGUCGAUCAAAAUCCAAUUGAUGCGCUGCACAAAAUCCCAACAACGCCCACAACACCUACAAUGCCAUUGGGUGCCGGUGAUGGAUUAACCCCUUUGUUAACGCCAACUAAUCAUCUAACACAUACUAACAAUGGUAAUGGUCAUGGACAUGGACAUGGACAUGUACAUGGGCAUGGACAUAUUCAUGGACAUGAUAAUGGUAUUGGUAAUACAACUAACAAUCAUAAUAACCAACACACACCACUUGCAGCAGCUGUUACAGAUGCUCAAAGUCUAGAUAUUGUAGGUUAGACUAACAAAUAAAUUAUUUAGUUGUAGUUUUAUAUACAUAUGUAUUUACUUUAAGAUGUAUUAUUUAUUAUUUGUUUAUAUGAGAAAUAUUUUUAUAUGGAUUAUCUAUAUGAGAAUUGAUUACACAUGCAUGCAUGCAUAGAUGCAUAGAUGCAUGCAUGUUCCAGUUGAAAGUGAUCCUAUUUAAAAUAAAGUAGAAAAAAUAAAAAUCAUUUUUAAGCACUCUACAAAAUUGUUCAGCACUUUAAAUCUCAAUUAUUGAGAUAUUCCAUAUAAAUUUAAGUUACUUUUAAAUUAUUGUAUUUAUUUAAAUGCUGUGUAUAGUCUUUUAUAUUAUGAAAUAU